AUGGUAAAAGAACAGUUUAGGGAGACUGACCUGGCCAAGAAGAUCAGCCAUGUAACAUUUGGCUUCAUGAGCCCUGAGCAGAUGCAGAGGGCCAGCCAUCUACAUGUAGUCAACAAAACUCUAUACAGUCAAGAUGGCAAAAACAAACCUUGUCCCUAUGGAGUGUUGGACCAUAGGUUGGGUACAAGUGAGAAGGACAACAACUGUGAUACUUGUGGCAAAGUUUUGGCUGACUGUGUUGGUCAUUUUGGCUACAUUGACCUUGACCUGCCAGUAUACCAUGUUGGCCACUUCCGUACCACAAUCACAGUGCUUCAAAUGAUAUGCAAAUCAUGCAGUGCCAUCUUGCUACAGGAGGAGCAGAAAGAGUCCUUUCGGCAUGCACUGAGGAAACCACACCUAACCUACCUGCAUAAGAAAGCCUUGAGGAAAAAGAUUUAUGAUGCCUGCCGCAAAGUGAAGACAUGUCUUCGUUGUGGCGAUCAUAAUGGAAUGGUGAAAAAAGUUGGCCUAUUCCGAAUCGCACAUGACCGUUCUCAGCAAGGGCGUAAAAAUGAGGCAGUGCUCAAAGAAAGAGUGGAGGCCUUUGAAUCGGCAGUUAAAGGAAACCCGGAGAUAUCUUCGCUGCUCGGCAAACCUUAUGAUGUACUGAACCCGCUGAUUGUCCAUGAGUUGUUCAAGAGAAUUGAUGACGGUGAUAUUCCCCUGCUGUUGAUGAAUCAAGAAGUUAGCCGUCCUGAAGAUUUGAUUUUGACUCGUAUAUUUGUACCCCCCAUAUGUAUCCGGCCAUCAGUUGUGUCAGAUUUAAAGUCAGGGACAAAUGAAGAUGACAUAACAAUGAAGUUGACGGAAAUAAUGAUGGUCAACCAGAUCAUCCAGCGGAUCCGGCUAACGGGCGCCAAGAUGCAGAUGUACAUGGAAGACUGGGACUACCUCCAGCUUCAUGCAGCUUUGCUUUACAACUCUGAGACUUCUGGGAUCCCUCUGAGCAUGCAGCCCAAGAAGAAAACUCGUGGGUUUGUCCAGCGGCUGAAGGGCAAACAAGGUCGUUUCCGUGGCAACUUGUCAGGCAAGCGUGUGGACUUUUCUGGCAGGACUGUCAUUUCUCCUGAUCCAAACAUGAGGAUUGAUCAGGUUGCUGUGCCCAUUCAUGUAGCUAAGACAAUGACCUACCCUGAAAGAGUUUGCCCUGCAAACUUGGCCUUAAUGCAGCAGUUGGUCAAGAAUGGGUGUGAUGUCCACCCAGGUGCAAAUUUUAUCAAGAUCCAGUCGACAGGUGAACGCAAGUUUCUCCGUUACGGCAAUCGCAACCACAUUGCCAGCAGUCUGCGAUACGGUGAUGUGAUUGAGAGGCAUAUGAUUGAUGGCGAUGUGGUGUUGUUCAACCGCCAGCCUUCUCUACAUAAGUUGAGCAUUCAGGCUUUCUAUGCCAAGGUGAUGCCCCAUCGAACGUUCCGGUUCAACGAGUGUUGCUGUGGUCCAUUCAAUGCUGACUUUGAUGGGGAUGAGAUGAACCUUCACCUACCCCAGACUGAGGAAGCUAAAGCUGAAGCCAUUAUACUGAUGGGCUCCAAGUCAAACAUCAUUACACCAAGGAAUGGAGAACCUCUGAUUGCUGCUAUUCAGGAUUUUAUAACAGGUGCCUAUCUCAUCACCCAGAAGGAUGUGUUUUUUGACCGCAGUCGGGCUUGCCAGAUUAUCUCCUCGCUGUUAGUGGGCAAAGAUGUCACCAUGAAGAUUGACCUUCCGCCGCCCGCCAUCUUGAAACCCUGCAGGCUCUGGACUGGUAAACAGGUGUUCUCACUUCUGAUACGACCCAACAAGACUUGUCCCGUAAAGAUCAAUCUGAGGACUAAAGGAAAGAACUACACAAAGAAUGAGGACCUCUGCAGCAACGAUUCCUUUGUGGUGAUCCAUAACAGUGAGAUCAUGUGUGGCUACGUGGACAAGGCUACUCUGGGCUCUGGAUCCAAGAAGACCAUCUUCUACCUCAUCCUGAGGGAUUAUGGCGAAGAAGCUGGAGCUGAUGCUUUGUCUAGACUGGCUCGGUUGUGUCCUGCAUUCUUGUCCCAUCAUGGAUUUUCUAUUGGCAUUGGCGAUGUGACCCCAGGAGAAGGUUUGAUCCGCAAGAAACAGGCACUACUAAGCAAGGGCUACUCAACCUGUGAUGGCUACAUCCGAGACCUGGAGGAGGGCCGACUCCAGCCGCAGCCAGGUUGUACGGAGGAUGAAACAUUGGAGGCCAAGAUUCUCAAAGAACUGUCAGUGAUCAGAGACCACGCCGGAGAAGCUUGCUUGGAGGAACUUCACAAAACCAACAGCCCACUCAACAUGGCCAUCUGUGGAUCCAAGGGUUCUUUCAUCAACAUCUCUCAGAUGAUUGCUUGUGUCGGCCAGCAGGCUAUCAGCGGCAAGCGGGUGCCCAACGGAUUUGAGGACAGGGCCCUACCUCACUUUCCGAGGUUCUCCAAGGAUCCGGCAGCUCGUGGGUUUGUGUCCAACAGUUUCUACUCAGGUUUGACUCCCACAGAGUUCUUCUUCCACACGAUGGCCGGGAGGGAGGGCCUGGUCGACACAGCUGUGAAGACUGCUGAGACCGGCUACAUGCAGAGAAGGCUGGUGAAGUCCCUGGAGGACCUGUGCCUGCAGUAUGAUUCCACAGUGAGGACAUCCACCGGCGAGAUUGUUCAGUUUGUGUAUGGUGAAGACAGUCUUGACCCUGUGGCCAUGGAAGGAACAGAACAGCCUGUAGAGUUCAGUCGACUAAUUAUUCAUGUCAGAGCCAUCAUGGCUGCCAAGUGUCGCCACGAGCCCUCACUAAACGGAGAACAGAUUCUGACACAAGUGAAGGAUAUUCUGA